AUGUUUUUUAUAUGUGCCAGUGAGGAAGAUGGUAGUUAUGUAAUUUCGGAUAGAGAAACAACAGGAGAUGAAUGGCAAUCAGAUGACCUCCUUAGUCUUAAUGAAAGUGAUGAUGAAGGAUGUGUUGGUGAAAGUUCAGGUGAUGAAGGGGGGAGCUGUGGUCCUUUUGGCACAUUUGUCAUGCCAAAUUCCAUGGCUGACUAUAGGUGGGAUGUGGGAACAAAUUUCAUAGAUAAGGAACAAUUCCAACAAGCAAUAAUAACUUAUGCAGUUCAUUCUGGUAGAAACAUAAGAUGGGUUAAAAAUGAUAAACAAAGAGUGAGGGUGAAAUGUAUGGGGGCACAAGGAAAAUGUGAAUGGUCCGCAUAUGCUGCAUAUAUUCCAUUACGCAAGACAUGGCAACUAAGAAAAGUGGUUGAUAGGCAUAACUGUUCUAGGGAGUUUAAACUUAAGAUUAUGAGUGCAAAAUGGCUGAGUAAGAAGGUAGAGAAGUCUUUGAUUGAAAAUCCGAAAUUCAAGAUUAAGGAUGUGCGAGAAAAAGGGUUGAGGAAGUGGAAUACAAGUAUUUCAGUGGCCAUGGCUCGUAAGGCAAAAUCCUUAGCUUCAGACCAAGUGGAAGGGUCAUUCAAAGAACAGUUUCGAAGAAUACAUGAUUAUGCUUAUGAAAUUCUGAGAUGCAAUCCAGGGAGCACAGUGAAAGUUAAAGUGGAUGAAAUGCAGGGUGAGUCUAUUUUUGGUAGGUUUUACACAUGUUUCAAAGCAUGCAAAGAUGCUUUUGUGCUUUCUCGCCCCUUUAUUGGGUUGGAUGGUUGCUUCCUCAAAGGGAAAUAUGGGGGCGAGUUGCUAACUGCAGUGGCCAGGGAUGCUAACGACCAAAUGUUUCCUCUAGCAUACGCAAUUGUGGAGGUAGAGAACAAAGAGACAUGGAAAUGGUUUUUGGAAAUCCUAGUGGAUGAUCUAGGAGGACCUGAAGUCUGUGGGGCAUGUACAUUUAUGUCAGAUCAACAGAAGGGUCUGUUGCCUGCAAUUCAGGAGUUAUUACCUGGUGCAGAGCAACGAUUUUGUAUGAGGCAUUUGUACUCUAAUUUCAGAAAACGGUUUGGUGGCCAGAAGUUGAAAAACCUAAUGUGGAAGGCAGCAACUGUGACACACCCUGUGGCCUGGGAAAGGGUAAUGAGAGAUAUUAAAAAGGAGAAUGAAGAUGCUUUCAAGUACCUCAUUGCUAUACCACCUAGGUUUUGGUCCAGAUCAAGAUUCACUAGGAAUGCUGUGACUGACACAGUAGUAAAUAACAUGACAGAGGCAUUUAACAGUGUGCUUGUUGAUGCUAGAUGCAAGCCUGUGGCAAUCUAA